UGGCUUGAACGGGGGAGUAUCCGGUGAGCGUUUUGCUUGUUUGCCGUCGUUCGACGUCGGGCAAUCGAGGACAAGUUGGGCUCUCGACAGAAACCAGCGAAACAUGUGGAAGAUGAACUUGUUGCCGCUGUUUGUGGUGGCUGUGCAAUUCCGCAGCGUGACGCCUGUGAUUCACUCGCUCAAGUUUUUCCAAACGAUGUCCUCUGAAAUUCCACACUUCCCAGACUACUUGAUGGUUGGUCAUCUUGACGAUGUUCUGAUUUCACGCUACGACAGCAAGAGCAGGAAAUUUGAAGCCAAACUGGAAUGGAUGCACAAAGUGACAACGGAUGUUCCACACUACAGGGAGAGACAAACCCAGUACAAUAUUGGCCUUGAAAAGACCUUAAAAGUCAACUUUGAAAUUGCGAAAGAGCGCUUCAACCAAACUGGGGGUGUUCACAUGAUCCAAGUGAUGACUGGCUGCGAAUGGGACGAUGAGACGGACGAGGUGGUGGACGGUUGGGAACACCUCAGUUACGACGGAGAAGACUUCCUGUCGUUUGAGUUGCAGACGCAGAGAUGGAUCGCAAUCCAGCAACAAGCUUUCGACACCAAACACAAGUGGGACCAAUUGGACAACCUUAAUGAAUACUGGAAAUAUUACAUAAGAGAGAGCUGUCCUCAUUUGUUGAAGAUGUUUGUGAGCGACGGGGUGGUGGACCUCCUCGUGAGAACAGGUACGAUCAUGUCACAUUGGGAAUCGUACACCUUCCACCUUCUCGUUUACUCUUCUCAGUCCGUUGUUUCCAGUUUUUGAAGUGAGGGUGCGAGAGGGGAG